AUGUCGCAGGCCCAACGGCUUUCAUCAGUGCAAGAACGCAAUUAUUCAAAUGCUAAUACUGUGCUGUAUGAGGAAAAUCGACGUUCAGGUGGUCGACCGCGCUAUGGCAAAAAAACAUUGGCUGCGCCGAAACGCCCAAAACGAUACAGGCCCGGUAUGAAAGCGCUUCGAGAAAUUCGCAAAUAUCAAAAAUCCACUGAGCUACUUCUUCGAAAACUGCCAUUUGCACGUCUUUGCAAAGAAAUUUUGGAUGAUGUAUCCGAAAGGCCGGGCCAUUACCGAUUUGAAUUGCAAGCAAUUUCGGCACUUCAAGAAGUAUCCUUCCUUGCAACCGAAGCAUUCAUGGUGCAAUUUCUGGAAAAUGCUUCCUUCUGUACUCAGCACAGGAAACGCGUGACACUAGUUCCUCGUGAUAUACUGCUCGUUCGACGGCUAUUUGACUUUUGA